AAUAUAAAUCAUCUGAGUAAUCUUAUGCAAACUAAUAUUAGCAGACCGCUUAUUUUAGGUAAGUUAUAGUUUUAGGCACAUUAACACCAACGGCGAUUCACAUGCAGUCUGCACAAGGGAAGUAAGUCUUCAUAUGAGCGGAAGUAUUCAAACCAAAAUGGCAGCCUACACAGUGUGCAUGUGUUUUGCACGACAGUGUAGAGAUCUUCGUAUUUCUCGAAGUUUUGUGAGGUUUUUGAGGCAUUGUGAGUAUUCAGAUACAUUUGUAACAAGACGAUUGAAGCAUACAAUUCCAGCACAGAUUAAUUGUUUAUAUACUACCCAGGCUACAGGAACCACCAGAAUAACCGACCAGUUUCUCAAGGAGAAACUAGCUGCAGCCUCCAAUGACAAUCCACCAGAUGACAAAAAUAAAGAAGGUAGUGAAAAUGCAAGCGGAAAGGGUCAAGAGCCAGGAAAAGAUUCAGAUAAAAAAGGUGGAAAAUGGACUGGAAAGAAUGCGUGGAAGCUUGGGCUUGCCUUCCUUGGCGGAUGGUGUUUGCUAAGUGGCGGUUUCUUGAUAUACGCCUGGGGUUCUCCACCAUUAGAUCCAGAUGGCAAAGAGGUAGAAGAUGAAUUUAGCCAGAUGCCAAAAUUCUUAGCUAUGUUUAAAAGGGCUUCUAAAGAGCUCAAUCUCUUCACAAAGAAAAUCAAGGAGCCUUCAAGAGAUAAACUACUUCCAGAUCCUCUUCAGUACCCUUAUUUGCAGCCACCUUAUACUCUUGUUAUGGAGAUGACAGGAGUUUUGGUACACCCAGAUUGGACAUAUGGCACAGGAUGGCGAUUUAAGAAGCGACCAGGCAUUGAUUAUUUCCUGCAUCAGGUGGGGCCUCCACUGUUUGAAAUUGUCAUCUACACUCAGGAGCAAGGAAUGACUGCAGAUCCCCUUGUGUCUAGCCUUGACCCAAAUGGCUACAUCAUGUAUCGACUAUACCGGGAUGCAACUCGCUACCAGAAUGGACAUCAUAUCAAGGACCUCGCUUGCCUUAACCGUGAUUUGUCAAAAGUAAUUAUGGUGGAGUGGAACCCAAAUGCGACGGAACUUAAUCCACGCAAUACUCUGUUGAUUCCUAAGUGGACUGGAAGUGAUGAUGAUCGAACAUUGAUUGAUCUGGCACAUUUUCUCAAAACCAUCGCAUCCAGUGGUGUGGAGGACGUCCGAAAUGUGAUUGAGUACUACAGUCAGUUCGACGACCCCAUCGCUGCCUUCAGAGAAAAUCAGCGUAAAUUGCAGGAAGAACAGGAGCGCCUUGCUCAGGAAUACAAGGAUAAGGAGGAGAAGAAGUCCAUAUGGGGUGGGCUGGGCCUUUUCAAGCGCCGAUGACGUGGGAAGAACACUUAUUGUUCAGAUAUGCCGCAGCGUUCUCCAGCAGCCAGUAUUCCUGCGCAUGUCUCAGUCAGUAAAAGCGAAUUUCCAAAUCUUCGAAGCUUAGCAUACAGUUAGUGAAGUCAGGGUGCACAGGGCGGCAUGGUGGAAAUGUGCUACUUAUCUCGGAAAACCAUCUGCAGCAUUUUGAAAAAUGUAUACACAGCUUUUGUGGUAUGUAUACACAGCUAGGUAGAGAGAAGCCAGGUGUAAUGCUUAAAGUGUCACGCUACAUGGAGCGUGUCAGGAAGGAAGUGUUGAUUGUUUUGUUCUCACCUUCAGGACACGUUGUUUAUCAUUCAUUCAGACGUUUAGGGUCUACAUUUCUGGCAAGACUGCAGGAAAAGUGUAGGUACGUGGUAUAGUCGUCAAAGUAUCCAGGUAGAAGAGUAUUUUUUGGUCGCAUAAGUAUUUCUAGUUUCAUGGCGUAUCGCCAUUUUGCUUUUCAUGUGUGUGUACUGUAUAUGUGGAAAGGGGACAUGAUAGGAACAUCGGUCAGGCUUUGUAUGUGACUUCACUGGGCUAGAUGCUACGCUUCAUUGGACAACAGGAAAUAAACCAUGAGAACAAAUUUGUAAAUCUACUUUCGUUUAGUCUUAAGGAUGUUGAUGUUGAAAUUUGUUACGGCGAAGACCACGUAGUUAGUAUCAUUCCGUAAUUGUUGGUCUCAGUGCCAGAUAACCCUUGCUGCGUUGUCGCGGAUGUAAUAAUGUGUACUUGUGUCGCAAAGCAUCACGACCUGCAUACCAGUAAUGCGCUGUCCAGUAAUGAUAAAUGAACAUUGGGUGACAGACAUGUCAGUGAAGGCCCAUCUGCUCCACCUGGGAAUAGCCGAGUCUGCAUUGAAGCUAAAAGCCGUCGGUCCCAGGCCUGGACUGCGUCAUGUUUGGAUCUCCUUUCCACAAAUACACUAGUUUUUUACGAGCACUUUUACGUUAUGAGUGGACGUACAAACGGUCAUCAAUCUUUGCCGGUGGACUCGCUUCUAGAUGAGGCCAGAUCCGUAGCGGUCGGCACGCUGCACGGCUAACACAUAGCAUGCAACUAAGAACUCAUAGAAAACAGACACAGGUCAGGUUACACUAGCUGUCCAGCUCACGCCUAGCGACAUCUCGUGUACUUGGCCCCUGACCCCGGGCGAGCAACGCCGCGAACUCUUGCUGCAGUCUAUGGGGCGCCGAGAGGAAUUUAAAAAAAAAAUCUCUCUCUAGCUAUAGAAUGAUUUUAUAGCUGUCAAUUCAUUUUAUACCUACAAAAUGCAUUACAAAAUGCUUUAGACAAUUGAAUUCUGUAGUUAAAGAAGGUAUUCUACAAUGAAAGAAUACAUUUUAUAAGUACCAUGAAUCUGUGUACACGUCCGUGAUAAGUACAGAAUGCGUUCUGUAACUACAGCUGAAUACAUUUUAUAUUUAUAGUUCUGUAACUACAGAAUGUAUUCUAUAGCUAGAGAGAGAAAAACUCGGUAAAAUACGAAGUAUUUUAUUUUUAUUAUACUCAAACUGCUAUCCAAUUCAUUUUAUAUGUACAAUUCCAUUCUAUGGCCACAAUGCAUUCUAGCAGCUAUACUAUUCUGUACUUACUGUAUCUACCAAAUUGAAUUAGGAACGAGGCUGGCUCAUUUGCAUUCUAUUUUUGUUGCCCGCGAAAAGAAAGAUCAACCAAUCAGCGCUCUCGUAACAUGGCCUUACGUUCUUGUGUGUGUUUACUUGCUAAGUAGAAGUUCAGACAUCUUGCCGGAGAGUCGUCUGCUGUAACGUCUUAGAACAAUCGCAAAAAAGGUCAGCCAACUCUGUGACAGACAGUUUGAGAUUGAAUGAAAUUGUAUAUAUAAAAUGAAUUGGAUAGCACUUCCUCAGUAUAAUAUAAAUACGUCGGUUUUUAUCGAGGUUUUUUUCUCUCACUAUCUACAGAAUGCAUUCUGUAGCUACAGAACUGAAUUGUAUAAAUAUAGAAUUAUUCUGCAAGUAUAGAAUAAAUCGUAUAGCCAUAGAAUGCGUUGUGUAGUUACAGAAAUGUAUAAAUAUAGAAUGCGUUUUAUGGCUAGAAAGAGGUAAUUAUAGUAAUUCCCUGUAGGCGCCCGAUAGCAGUGUGGCUGGCUGGCUGGUUGUGUCAGGCCCGGUGUGCGGCUGGUGUUGCGGGCCACUGGUGGUUGUGUGUGAUGAUGGGGAGACUGAGUUGUCGGCUGUAGCUGCACAGCGUGAUGCUCUCACUUGGCUUGGUCUGCUAGCUUCACACUUAUAUCUACGUGUCCUACAAGCGUCCCACUUUCUCUCUUUGUCACUGUUGACUUCUGCGAGACAUGCCAUGGCCAGUUGUAACGCGUCGAAGGAAAGGAAAAAAUGAUUUUGUACAAAACAUUGUAGCUGUCAUGCAUAAGAAAGAAAUUUAAUUGUAUAUUGUCUUUGUGUUUGUGUCUACACUUGUGUGACCGUCCGUGAAAACGAGUGAACUGCAUUUGCCAUGAAACUGGAUUGGAUGUUGGUAAAUGGUUUGAUUUGUGUGUAGUUUGCAUUUAGUGUUUUUGUUUAAUGCAAGUUCUGUGCUUUAAAAAAGUGCAAAUGAAGAUCAGUGUAACAUAAAUUGAAAUUAUAAAAAAUAAAGUGUUUUGGCUCUGACACUGUACAAUAUAGAAAAGUUAAAUGCGAUCCGUUGGAUUGACGUACCGUGGAAAAUACAGUAUCUGCUAUGAAUGGUCUGCCAGGCACAUGACAAAUAAAGAAUAAGUGGUAUUACUAAAACCAAUUUAUUAUUUAUUGGGAAAUUUUAACAAAAUCAAACAGUUCAACGAAUCGACAGUAUGAAAUGUCAAGAUAUUUGAAUUAUGGGCAGUAUCAUAUGUGAACUGUCAGUGUUGCACGUGGAAAGAAUGUGCAUGCUGUUGCUGGUGAAAUGUGAGGUGAUCGUGAUGUUUUAAAUACGUGUCUCACCUUGUAGUUUUGGUUGCCUAGGCUAAAUUUUGAGAAUGUGAAGGGGGACUUUUUUUGUUUAUUUGUUUCGGUGGUUACUGUGAGAAUUCCACAGCCAUAUUCAGUGAAGAUUUCCCAGCACAUUGCUGAGAGACGCACUUGCUAACAGGUAUCAAAAUACAGUGUUGAAACAAAA